AUGCAGUCGAGUCCGCCGACACGCGCCUUGGAGCGCCCAUCUUCACGCGCUGAGUCGGAAUAUUCGCUCGAUCUGGAUGCAUUGGACCUCGAGACUCAGUCGGAUAUUGAUAUCCCCAAGCAGAAAGUGGAUCGCAUCUUCUCGGAGGACAUUGAUGGACCCAGCGACUUUACUCAGAACAUGGAAAUGUGGAUGCGAGGGGGACCGGCCUCGAGGAAGAGUACACUUAAAGGAUUGAAGCAAUCCACCACUCCAAUUCAGGAAGUCCUCGAGAAGGAGAAACAAGCAGUCAAACAACAAGAACAUCUUCAAGUCCCGACUCAGCAUAUAGGCAGCCCUGAGCAUGAGCACACCGGAAGCCACCACACCCCAGACAACAGCCCGCCAAAUGUGCCGGCACAUCACCAAACGGAGACUAUCGAGGAGACAGAAGAUGAGGACUCUGUACAUGAUCACACGGGCUAUCAAGACGGCUUCAGCUCGGAAUGGCAGACAUACGGCUCAGCAUCCACGCCGGCUCCUCCUCCACACAAACAAUUUCUUCAGCCUACUGUGGAAGACUAUAACAGCGAGCUAUCGCCAGCACGUCAUGCUUUUAGUCUCAAAUCUCGCGGCCGUAGCCUGAGGUCGUCCGGACCGAGAGACAACAUCGCACCGCCCGAAAAAGAACCGUCUACUCCAGGACGUGCCUCCAGUCCGACAUUGUCUCCAGUCCGGUCUCCGCUCCUCGAACGUAGUAAGACGGGAGAUGACCGAUACGACAAGGAGAUGCGCAACGACAUGGAGGAGCAAAUGAUGCAACUGCAAGCGAAGUGGCAGCAGCUCGAGCACCUCAACCAGGCUCUCGAACACGCGCUCGAUGAAGAGAAGCGCCAGCGCAAGGAAGACCAGAUUUCGCAUGAAGCGCAAAUGGCGGAAGCGUCGCGCCGUGAAAAGGACCUAGCAGAUAUGAAGGAGGCGGCUUAUCAGCAUAGCGAUGACUUCAGACGGGAAUUUGGCGAGUUGAAGAAGAAGCUGCAAGAUCACGACAAGGACGCAGAGAACGCAAAGGCUGGCGAAAGUGACUCUGAGCGGGACUUUCAAGCUGAACUGCAGCGACUCAAGGACAGACUUGAACUCCAACAGAUGCAGCACACUCAAGAGACUCGAGGUUUGAAGCAAGAUUUAGAGUUGGCAAGCAAGAGUCGUGAAAUUGCAGAAGAGACCGCUCGUAUUCAUCGCGAAGAGCUGGAGGAGCAGCGGAGUCUUCACGAUGCGGAGGUGGGGCGCCUGAGAGCCGACUUGAAGCAUUCAAGAGCCGACGAAGCGACGAUCAUGGGACUGGAGAGGCGGCUCAACGAUUCUGAUACGGAAAUUAAGAGGCUGAAGGCGCUGAACGUUGAACAAGAGACGGAGUUAAUGAGCACUCGCUCGCAGCUUGCCAGCGCGAAGCAAUCUCGUGAGGAUGAGACGUCACGCCUUUCUUCUGCUCGUGGUCGAGCCGUCGAGCUGGCUUCUAACCUUCAACGUCAACUUCAAGAACUUCGACAACAGCUGAAAGACGAGCAAGCGUCGCAUGAAACCGAUCUGGAGCGGCUUCGAUCACAGCAGGAACAGUCUUCACAGACAUCGGUCCGAGAGUUGGAGAUCGUGCGUGGAGAACUAGAGACCAAGCAAACCGAGCUCAAUGAAGCCAUCCUCGAACGGGACGAAGCGAAGGAUGCGUUCGAAUUUCGACAGUCGGAAGAAGAGAGCCUUCGCAAUGAGGUUGCUGAUAUGAAGGCCGUCAACGCAGAGCUCGACGCUAGAAUCACUGAGAAAUUGCAGAGACGGGAGACCUAUUGGCGUGAGAAGCUCGAGGAGGCAGAUCGGGAGCGUCAGCUCAUGGCGAAGGCAUUACUGCAUCACUGGGGGCGAGAGGAAGUUGGCAUCGACAGCCCGCAAAUGUACGCCUACAAGUACUUGAGGCGGGCCGAUUCCGGGAAGACUCCAACCAAGACGAAAGCUGCGGCACAAUGA